AUGGCUUCUGGGCAGACAGAGGAUCUCCUCCAGUGCGGCAUGUGUAAGGAGAAUUUCAAGGAUCUAGUCUCCAUUCCCAGUGGACACAGAUACUGCAGACAGUGCAUCUGUAUGUGGGAUUUGUCUGAAUUAGUACAAGUCCAACAUGCAGAGUUCAGUCCUGAUAAUCCACACUACUGUUACACUGGACCUGGAGAUGUGGCCUGUGAUUUCUGCAUAGGGAUGAAGCUGAGAGCUGUGAAGUCCUGCCUGACCUGCCCUGCCUCCCUCUGUGAGAACCAUGUCAGGCAGCACUACACAAUACCAGCACUGCAGAGACACACACUGGUGGAGGUGACUGAAAACCUGGAGCAGAGACUCUGUCAGCAGCACCACAGAGCUCUGGAGGUGUUCUGUAAAACUGACCAGACAGACAUCUGUAAAGUUUGUGCAGUGGAGGAGCACAAAGGUCACAGUAAAUUCUACAGAGAGCUAACACUAAAGAAAAUGAAGGAAAAAACAUUAACUAACUUUAAACUACAACUCAUUGAGGAUUACCCAGAGUGCUUAUGGAGUGAACAGGAAGAUCAUGAUGUCUCUACUCUUGUCAAGAAGAUGUUGGACAGUUUUGGAAGAGUGGAGGCCCUAAAGAUCACAUUCCACUUCCUGGAUGUUGGUAUAUCUAUAAGAAAGUCAACAGUGGCCAAUAAAGCAAAUCUGAUGGCAAAAUUUCAACAUGUGGCAGACGAUAUAUCACCACAAGGAAAACUGAGGUUUUUGACCGAGAUCUAUACAGACCUAUACAUUACAGAGGGUGCAAGUGGACAGAUCAAUAAUGACCAUGAGGUCAGACAGAUUGAGAGAACCUGCAAGACACAAACUACUCAGGAGACUCCAAAAAACUGCAAUGACAUAUUCAAAACACAUCCUGGAAAAAGAAAACAACUUAGAACAGUGUUGACAAAGGGAAUAGCUGGAAUUGGAAAGACUGUUUCUGUGCAGAAGUUCAUUCUUGACUGGGCUGAAGGAAAAGCCAAUCAAGACAUCACAGUCAUAGUCCCUCUACCUUUCAGGGAUCUUAAUCUGAAGAAAGAGAACUACAGUCUCAUCCAGCUACUUCAUCACUAUGUUCCAGAGCUAAAAGAGAUAAAAGACAUUGAAGAUGAAAGAGUCAAAUUACUCCUGAUUUUUGAUGGUCUGGAUGAGUGUCGACUUCCUCUAGAUUUCAUUACCAGUACAAGAGUUUGUGAUAUCACAAGGUCAACCUCAGUGGAUGUGCUGCUGACAAACCUCAUCAAGGGGAAUCUGCUUCCCUCUGCUCUCCUGUGGAUAACCUCCCGACCAGCAGCAGCCAAUCAGAUCCCUCCUGAAUAUGUCCACCAAGUCACAGAGAUCCGUGGGUUCAGAGACCCUCAGAAGGAGGAGUACUUCAGGAAGAGAAUCAGUGAUCAGAGCCUGGCCAACAGAAUCAUCACACACAUCAAGUCAUCGAGGAGCCUCCACAUCAUGUGUCACAUACCAGUCUUCUGUUGGCUUUUAGCCACUGUGCUUGAGAACAUGAGUGAUGCAGGCACUGGUGAAGUCCCCAAGACUCUGACUGAAAUGUAUACACACUUCCUGCUCAUUCAGAUCAGUCUGAAGAAUAAGAAGUACCAUGGAGCCACACUGGAAAAUCCAAAGAAACUGUCUGAGUCAGACAAAGAGAUGAUUCUGAAACUGGGAAAACUGGCUUUCCAACAGCUGGAGAAGGGUAAUCUGAUAUUCUAUGAGGAGGACCUGAGAGAGUGUGGCAUUGAUGUGAGUAAAGCUUCAGAGUACUCUUCAGUGUGCACAGAGAUCUUUAGAGAGGAGUUGGGAUUGUACAGGGAGAAGGUUUUCUGUUUUGUACAUCUGAGCAUUCAGGAGCACCUUGCUGCAGUGUACGCACAUGUUACAUGUGUUAAUGAGAACAGAAAUGUUUUUCACCUCUCAGAACAGCCUGGCCAUGAGAGAGGCAAAUCAUCACUGUCUGAUCUACAUCAGUAUGCACUUGCCAAUGCUAUCCAAAGUAAGAAUGGACACCUGGACCUUUUCCUCCGCUUCCUUUUUGGCCUCUCACUGGAUGUCAACUGGACUCUCCUUCAAGACCUCAUGACAAGAAGCUACUCAGAAUUGAUAAAGCACAGAACUAAAAAGCCAAUAGAGUAUAUAAAGUUGAAAAUCAAAGAGGAUUCAUCUCCAGAAAGGAUCAUCAAUCUUCUCCAUUGUUUGAAUGAGCUAAAUGAUAACUCUCUAGUGGAGGAAAUUCAGACUGCCUUCAGAACAGGAACUCUAACAGAUACAGAGCUGGAACCAGACCAGUGUUCAGCUCUGGCCUAUAUGUUACUGAUGUCAGAGGAGGUGCUGGAUGAGUUUGAUCUGAAGAUGUACAAAACAUCAGCAGCAGGUCAGCAGAGGCUUCUCCCUUUGGUGCAUAGUUGCAGGAAAGCAAGAUUUUAUCAAUGUGGUCUCUCAUCUGAGUCCUGUGUAACUGUGGCCUCAGCUCUCCAGUCAGUGAACUCACCCCUAAGAGAGCUGGACCUCAGUGUUAACAAUCUACGAGAUUCAGGAGUGAAGGUUCUCUGUACUGGGCUUAUGAGUCUAAAUUGUAAACUGGAGAAAUUGGAACUGAAGAAGUGCUUUGUCACAGAGACUUGCUGUGUUGAUCUUGCCUCAGUCCUGAGAUCUCCUUACUCUAACUUGAGAGAGCUGGAGCUGAGAAACAACGACCUGCAGGAUUCUGGACUGAAUUUGCUCUCUGUUGGACUGGAGGAUCCAGACUGUAAACUGCAGAAACUGGGAUUAGCAGGCUGUAAUCUGUCAUCUGAAUCCUGUGUGACUGUGGCCUCAGUUCUUCAGUCAGUGAAUUCAUCACUGAAGGAGCUGGAUCUCAGCUAUAACAACCUUACAGACUCAGGAGUGAAGCUGCUCUGCACUGGACUGAUGAGUCCAAACUGUAAACUACAGAAACUGGGACUGGCCAGUUGUAAUCUCUCAUCUGAGUCCUGUGCAACUGUCACCUCAGCUCUCAAAUUAGCAAAGUCACACCUAGAAGAGCUCGAUCUCAGCUACAAUAACCUAACGGAUACAGGAAUGCAGAUGGUUUUUUCUACACUAAUGAGCCCAGAUUUUAAAGCACAAAUAAUACGUCUUGCUGGCUGUAAUCUCUCAUCUGAAUCCUGUGCAACAGUGGCCUCAGCUCUCAAGUUAGUUAACUCACCCCUGAGAGACCUGGAUCUCAGCUACAAUAACCUGACAGAUUCAGGAGUAAAUCUACUCUGUACUGGACUGAUGAGUCCCAACUGUAAACUACAGAAACUGGGUUUGAGUGUGUGUAGUCUGACAGGGAACUGCUGUGUAGAUCUGGCCUCAGUCCUAAGAUCUCCUAACUCUCACCUGAGAGAACUGGAUCUGAGAGAUAAUGACCUGCAGGUUUCAGGAGUGAAGCUGCUCUCUGCUGGACUGGAGAAUCCACAGUGUAAACUAGAGAAACUGAGGUUGUCAGGCUGCCUCAUCACAGAGGAAGGCUGUGCUUCAUUGGCCUCAGCUCUUAAAUCAAACCCCUCACAUCUGAGGGAACUGGAUCUGAACUACAAUUAUCCAGGAGAAUCCGGAGUGAGUCUGUUCUCUGCUAUACUCGAGGAUCCGAACUAUAAACUGGAAAAUCUAGAGUUAUACCAUGGCGGUGAAUUCAGAAUGAAACCUGGGCUGAGAAAAUAUGCCUGUCAGCUCACACUGGACCAGGACACAGCACACAAACUCCUUUCUCUAUCUGAGGAGAACAGGAGAGUGACAGCAACUCUAAUUGAGCAGCCAUAUACUUAUCACCCUAAGAGAUUCAAGCUUGGUCCUCAAGUUCUGUGCAGAGAAGCUCUGACAGAGCGCUGUUACUUUGAAGUAGAAAGGGAUGGAAAAAGAGUAUUUAUCGGAGUUACAUACGCUGUUGGUAGGGAUGAACCCCCUAUUGGGAUGGAUAGCAAGUCCUUUAGCCUUGUUUGUGAAAGGGAUGAAUUCAUUUUCUGGCAUAAUAGUAAAAUAACUGCUAAAGUUUCUCCCCCUCCCCCAUCUAAAAGAAUAGGAGUGUAUCUGGACUGGGCAGCUGGAACUCUGUCCUUCUUCAGUAUCUUUAAUGAACAAAGAAUAUUCUUGCACAAAUUCUACACUGCAUUCACUGAGCCCCUUUAUGUAGGUUUUCGGAUGUACAGGUCCUCAGUGACUUUGUGCCAGUUAGCAUAG